AACCCCUAGAAACCCAGAAGCAAAUGUCAUAACUCAGGCAUAUGAAUGAAGCAAAGUUGGCAAACAAAUUUUUGUUGGCCCCUCGGCGAUCUCAAGUCAGAGAUAAAGGAAACAAACAUAAUCAUUAAGAUGCCGAAAGGGUGAGAGGAAACUCCAUAAUUUUCACACUUCCACGUCGGCCCGAAAGCCAUGCAAUUAUGACACGAACCGAGCGAGCAACCCGCGGCGCCUUUCUGCCAAGGAGUCGCCCAAAGAUCAGGAUCGUAGCACGCGAUAGGAACUCAAAGGAUUACGGUGGACAAUGGCAAUGGCAAAGGGUGCGCCGUCGGAGGAUCGAGGGGCGUUGACACGGAAGAAAGUCAUGACGUUGCAUAUUAUGAGGCUGACGGGGCAGGACAUCCUAUCCUACCUGGUCCCAGAUUCCCAUCCUCCGGGUGGGUGUGGCCCCUUAAUGAUGCCCGAAAUUAACUGUUCCGUUUCAAUUGCGAGCGAUCACUUUGCAAUCAAAUUUAUUUGACACUCUCUCCACGGGUGACAGUUUAAAGCAGAACUCUUUUCUUCCCCAUCGAAAGUCGGUCCAAUUGCGGCUAUAAAAUUCAACCAAAAAUUACGCAUAAAUGUCAUCGUAAAUUCCGCAUCUACCCCAUCCGUCUGCGGUGUCGUGGGAAGUUACGCCCCUGGCAGACAGAUAGGAUGGCUGGAGUAGCUGGCUCUGGUCUGGAGGGAUUUGGCCAUGGAUUACAGCGAUUGCCAAACAUAUGGCCACCGACAAUCCCAGUAUAUUUCUCCACUUAACCCCACAACAACAACAUCUGCCGGCGAUGCGUGAGAAAUUUUUGCAUGUCUGAGCUGGCCGGCGACGUCAUCAAGCCACAGGAAGCUGCAGCAGCCUGCCACAAAGGGUACACAAAGAGCCCUCAAGUGGCACAGUUUGAGCUUCCACGACAACGACGAUGAUGACGAUGAUGAUGAUGAUGACGACGAUGUCUGUCAAGAGGCCACUCAUAUAUUUGCAACAACUGGAGUGGCUUCGUCCAGGUCCAACUGGGAUGGGCAGGGUGGUUUCCUCCGAUCCUCCGAUCCUCCCGUGGUGCUGCGGUGUGCACAUGCGCACUCAAGUGCCCGGAAUAUUGAGCUCGACUCCUCAGGAGCGGCAGCAGAUUGUCGCAAAUCCGUUUUGGGGAGCGCAAAUUGUUUCAAUUUCGAGUUGCGUUACUCGGCGAUGUGUGAAAAUUGUUUUUUUUUUUUUCGCCAAUGAAAGAUGUCAUCUCUAAAAGCGAAUAUUAAUAUUCAUUGUUGCUUGGAUUUGAAGAUCAUCUACUUCCUGGCACAAUUAAAAGCAGUCGCAAUUAAGGGAAUUCAUUUCAAAAAGGUCAUUGUGGGAUUUCCUUCGCCACCAUCAUGUUCAGUUUUCAAUCCGGCUGAAAAGGAGAACUUGGAGUGUCCCAGAGUUCGAGUAAUUACCACUCGGCUUGUGUCAAUCAAGAGAACUGCCAUAUCGUGGGUAGUUUUAAUUGAAUAUUACAAGAGGGAUGUGCAUUAAUAAGGAAAUCAAUUUAAAUCUCAGUCGCUGCCAUGAGAAAAACUAAACUGGAAACUCUAAAAAAUCUGCGGGCAUAGGAUCCGAUCCACGGACCAAACGGUGGUGCAAAUCAGGGUGAUGUGUCUAACGGUUGCCACAACCAAAGCCGAACCCAAACUCAAACCCAAAACCAAAUCUCUCAAUGAAGCAAUAAGUUUCAAUUGAAUUGGAGUUCAGUAAUUAAAGUACAAGGUCAUGAGUUUGAAUUGCCAGAUUGAGAGAGAACAAACGAUAUAUGAUAGUUGGUCUAAUCUUGUGUUUAUUUUGGUAGGAAACUAAAGUUAAUCUUGACCAACUAAUCAAUCAAGUUAUCUCUAAGUGGUUUUUGAGAUAGUCCCACCCGAAGAAGUAGAAACCGUGCGAAACCUGCAGUCACGGUUCCGCUGAAAUACUCGUAACAUGCGGGUGCGCACCACCAAAACGGGGAAAACUAAUAAAAUUGUUGCGAAAACAUAAGCGGACUCUGAGAACCACGCAAGAUUCCCAGCCAUUCCCACAGUGAAUUUUCAUUUGAAAAUGGCUAGUCUACUUCAGUUCCUAGGCGUUUUUCUCCUGAUUACAAUAGGUUUCACCACAGCUGUGAUUUUCAUUGAUGGUGAUCCUGUAGUAGAGCUCUCCUUGGGUAAAAUACAAGGAGGUUCGGUGAAGAGCUUUCAGGGCAAGACUAUCUACGCCUUUAGAGGAAUACGCUAUGCCCAAUCUCCAGUGGGUCAGCUAAGGUUUACCACUCCCAUUCCGGAAACAAGUUGGGGUGAUGAGGUGCUCAAGGCCACAUCCGAUUCCCUGGUGUGCCCACAACCAGGAAUCACCUUGUUUAUGAGUGAGGAUUGCCUAAAACUUAACGUUUUCACCAAGACCUUUGAGGAUAAGCUGCCAGUGAUCGUCUACAUUCACGGGGGAGCCAAUGUGCUGGGCAGUGGCCACAGCAUAUACGAAGCAGGUCCUCAGUAUUUACUAGAUCACGAUGUGGUUUUCGUGGCCUUCAACUAUCGCCUUGGAGCCCUGGGAUUUCUCAGCACCAACAGCAGCGAGACGCGGGGCAACUUUGGCUAUCUAGACCAAGUGAUGGCUCUGCAAUGGGUCCGAGAUCACAUAUCUCACUUUGGUGGCGACCCAGAGAUGGUGACUAUUCUGGGAAUGAGUGCGGGCUCAAUGGCAGUCAGUCUGCACUUGGCCUCGCCCCUGUCCGCAGGUCUCUUCCAUCGGGCCAUCCUCAUGAGCGGUUCAGCCACCAACCACUUUGACAUAGAUAACCUCUUUUGGACACGGAAACUGGCCCGUGAGUUGGGAUGCCCAAUGUAUGAUGCCACGGAUGUGGUGCAGUGCCUCCGAAAUGAGAGCUGGGCACGCAUUGUGGAAGUCUGCAAGGCAUGGGAGACCUAUCAGUUUGUUAACAUGAAGUGGAACUACGAGAUCGAUGGCCACUUUCUGCCCAGGCAUCCCACGGAACUAAUCGAGGAGGGAAACUUCAACAAGGUUCCCUUACUGAUCAGUUACACGCUCAACGAACUGGACUACACGCCUAAUGUUCACUUGGCAAACGAGCAUUUGCUCCAUGAUCUAGGCUCCAACUUUGUCGAAUAUGCUCCGGAGUUGUUUCUCUACAACGCCAAUGAAAUAAUUGGUCAACGACUCAAGGACUUUUACCUGGGUAGUAACACUACGGAUAUUAACUCUGAAAACAUUGAGCAAUUUGGACAAAUCUUCUCCGAUGGAAUCAUAGGCCAUGGUGUCCACCGACUUGUCCGCCUGGCCAGCCACUUCACUCCAGUUUAUUACAUGCGCACGGAUUACGUUGGUGAGCGAAGUGUCUCAGCUCCCUUGAAUGAGGAAAGUAAGCCCCUGGGAGUGGGUCAUGCCGAUGAUCUUCAGUAUGUGAUGCCAGGUCUUUGGUAUGGCACCAUUAUGGCUGAAAAUCACACGGAUAUUUUCAUGAUGGAGCGCUUGACCAGCUGGUUUACACACUUUGCAAAAACGGGAACACCCCUAAACACCACCGAUAUCUGGCCGCCGUGCAACGCGACGCACUUGAAGAUGCUCUACAACGGGGUGGUGACCCAGGUGGGUUCUCCGGCCAACUCCGAUCGAUACGCCCUUUGGGAGGAACUGUUUCCCACGCCGGCCCGCGGUGGAGGCGCUGCCUGGAAACUCAGCAUUGCCGUGUCUGUAGCCACUGGUGUGGCCUGCCGGCUCAUCGGAAAAUUAAUGUAGCAAUUAGGUGUGGAAAAAGCUUAUCAAUAGGCCGUUUAGAUUACGCUAAUGACCUUCGACGUUGGCUCAUGGCUCUUGGCUCUUGGCUCUUGGUUCGCUUUUCGCCCGAGCACUGCAACUAUUUACUUUGAUUAAUUAAUCAACAAAGGCGUGAGAUUUUCCCUGCUUCCUUGGGGCAAUUAGUCUUUGGCCUGGAGCGGAUUGGGGCA